AUGCAAGCUGCCAUGACUCCUGCCAAUACUCUCACCAUGGAUAGCCAAACCUUGCAAAUCACACAACACAAGUUGAACGGCAUAAACUUUAGGGAAUGGUUUCAGUCUGUGACUUUGGUAAUCAAAGGCAAAGGGAAAUUCAACUGUCUCACUGGGAUUGUCCCAACUCCUCUAGAAGAGUCCGUAGAAUACCAACUAUGGGAGGUAGAGAAUUCUAUUCCCAUGGCUUGGUUGAUCAACUCAAUGGAACCUAAGAUAGGCCGAACCUAUCUGUUCUAUAAGACUGCAAAGGAGGUAUGGGAUGCAGUCCAAGAACUAUACUCUGAUCUCAAAAACACAGCCCAGUGUUUUGAGAUCAAAGUAGUCAUUAGGACUACAAAACAAAGUGGUCUUAGUGUCACUGAAUACUACAACAACCUAGUAGAACUAUUGCAAGAGAUGGAUUUGUUUUAUGAUCCAAAAUGGGAAUGCUCAAGUGACAGCCAGAAGUAUAACAGGAUGUUUGAGAAGUCUUAG